UGGAGACGCCUCGGUUGAGCGCUGAUUUUGGGGGUUUAUCCGGGUUUUAGAUAAUUAUUUAUGUAUUCUUGAUUUUUGGAAGUUUUUUCUUCACGGGAAUUGAUAUGGACGGGCUUGGGAUGUGGGUGACACUCCUGAUUUGCAUGGAGAGUUAUGCCAUCGGGGAAAUUGGGGCUGGGGGUUCGCAGGGCGGGUUCGACGCCGGGAGGAGGGCGACUGCGGCUUCGAUGCAUAAGGCUGUGCUCACACAACGGGGGUACAUUCAGUUCCUACGAUGGCAGUUGCCAGUGCCGGAAAUCCACGAAUUCACAUUCUGCGAGUGGAUCAAGUCCACCAACCUCACAUACCCCCACUCGAUAUUCUCGUACUCGAAAAAUGGGACGGAUCGUCUAGUGCGCGCCUGGAUAUCGCCGUUCGGUAGGAGCAUUCAUCUGGAGAUUAAUAACAUUGAAAUACUGUCGGAGCCGGCGAUUAUUUUGGAGGACCAGUGGUACCACAUUUGCCAGAGUUGGGAUAAUCGGGAGGGACGAUAUGGGCUUUGGAUAGAUGGGAAAAUUAAAGUUGACGAUACUUUUCCGGACAUGGCGGGACAUGUGAUACCAGCGAGUGGAGAUGUAGUUCUCGGUCAGGAGUUUACAGACUUCGACAAAGGCUUGGAGGAGGGGAUAGAAGGUGCGGUUCUGGGCUUCAACCUUCUGCUGGCGUCGGCAUUCGAUGUGAAGUCGAGAUUUAUUGAGAUAAAUAAUCUGGAUGAUGGGCCAUUAACGGCGCCCAUCAACUUUCCGAAAUUUCCUGGGUCGGAUGUCCGGGGGGGAGGCAGUUCCGGACGACGGCGUCCAAUACCUUCCAAUUAUCCCCCCUCGGCGAUGUAUGCACGAAAAUCAGGGGCUUACCGGAUCAGGGCGACGAGGCAGACGUCACGUACACCUUUGGGACUGAGACUGAUUGAAACUGGUUAUUAUCACUGCGAGGAGGGACGUGGCAGCCCUUACGUUAGAGGAUCCAAAUUACUUGUUUCGUGGACGAGAACUGCUGUCAGAGUUUUUGGAGGGGCUGUCUUGAAAAAUGUUGAUAGUCAAUGCGGAAUUUUCAAUGCUUGAAGGAAUUUCAGAGAAAUAAUUUCAAUGUUUUUGGACAGAGAGAAAAAAUUGGUGAAAAAGUCAAGUAAUUGGGGCGAGGCUAAGUUGCGAUGUCUCAUCAUGAUUAAUGAAGAUAAUUUGAGGAGACAAGAAUGUCAAUUUACGAACCUCAAGGUUUUUAUUUCAAGAACC